UUCCCAGGGCAAGAGCUAUAGAGGCUGCGCAUGUGUAUCCGUUUAUUUGCAUUUGAGAGAAGAAAUGCAAUAAAUAUAGUUGAUUCUGUGGAUUAAGAGCAUUAAUCUAUCUGAAAAUGUCCAAACUGCAGCUGUUGAAUACGUUUCUCACCGAGCGAUUAACUGCAGCGGCUGUUGAGAUAUUUGGGGCAGUGGAAAAAACGAUAACGGAGUACCAGGAAGAAAUCUCCCGUUCAAAGGAGGAGAUCGAUCGUCUACGAAGGCAACUGCACAUCGUUACCCAACCGAAGAUAAAGUUACAUAAAGCAGAUACCCAGCAGCUCAUUCUCACUGUCCCUGAGGAGGUUCCCCUUGAGCAGCAGCACUGUGAGCAGGAGUGGACCCCUGGUCUGGGGCAGGAGGACUCAGACCCCACACAGAUUAAAGAAGAACAGGAAGAACUCAGGACCAUUCAGGAGGAAGAGCAGCUUCAGGGGCUGGAGUCUGAUACCAACAUUCUAACAUGUUCUCCUCCCUUUGUGAAAAGUGACUGUGAUCAGGAUGACCCACAUAAGUCCUCCCAACUUUACCACAUACAAACUGUAGAGAACAGAGAGAGGGACUCACUACCUACCAGCACAAUUGAAGAGAUCAAAAUAGAACCCGAUGAAGAGGAUUACAGAGUAUCAGAACCAACCAAUGACUCUCAAACCCUCUCUGUAGUAACCCCUUACAGCUCUGUGAGCACAUUAAAUAUGAAUCAGCUAAUUGGCAAUGCAGAAUCAGACAAACCAUUUCAGUGCAAUGUGUGUGGCAAAUUCCUCAAGAGGGAAAAAAGUCUUAUCGUGCACAUGAUGGGUCAUGCAGGAGAGAAACCAUUUACAUGUCCUUUAUGUAACAAAGGCUUUGUUGCGGUAGGCACUUUAAAGACACACCUGAAACUUCACACAGGGGAAAGGCCACACCGGUGCCAUGUUUGUGGAAGAUGCUUUAAACUGAAAGGAGCCCUGACGGAGCACAUGAGGAUACACACUGGGGAGAAACCGUUUUGCUGUCAUGAUUGUGGCAAGUGCUUCAGUCGUACAAAUGCCCUUACGAAUCACAUGCUGCACAUUCACAAGAAGAAAAGAACGUACAAGUGACCUGCGGAGAAAGAGUCUGUCUGAAAAGUAGCCUUCUAUCUAUAUGGCACACUUAAGUAAUGCCCUUUUAAUUUAAUAAAGUAUGGGUCAAUAUUUGAAGGAAUAAAUGCGUUGACCAUUUACUAAACAACAAGUGUUCUCAUUUUAUGAAGCUAUAGAUAGUUAGGAGCCUCUGUCAUCCAUCUAUUAUUCAAACAAAAUGAUUGAAGACCAACAUACAUGUUCAAGUCUACUAAUGUUAUUUAUUGAAAAACAUACAAGUCUGUGGGUCUAAAAAAAAGCCCAUUUUACAUUGGAAUAACAAAACCCAAGGGAUAAGAGGUGUUUGCAUGUGCCAACCUUGAAUAGAUGUCACUAAUCCACUGCAAGAGGAUGUUUUUCCUCGCUGCGGAGGUAGGAAUGUCAUACAGCCUUCUGUGACGUGCAGAAGUAACAUGCUUACUAGGGAGAACUAACAGCAAAGAAAUUGAGUUUCAUUCUAGGUCGACCCAUGGAAUUUCUUGAAGUACCUUUAGACCAGUGCCUUUGUAAUUUGGAACAUGGCCAUAAGAAAUGUGUAAGGGUGCAUGUAUCAGUUUUACAUUUAAGAUACUGAGGAGAGGAGAAAGGGUUAGAAGCAUGUCUGCGAUUUGGAGAUAUAUGCAAUGUGUGUAUUAUUCAUAAUUGGAUUGCUCUAAUGCAAUUACAGAUAGAUAUUGUUUUUGCAUAUCUCCAAAUGUCCUCCCACAUCUCCUCAACAAUAGUAACAGACAGUUCAUUCUCCCACACUCGCUUGACCCCCUGUGUGUCUACAGUAGAAAAGGACCUUAAAGUGUCAUAAAAUAAACUUACAGACAUGUUGCGUUGUGAAGAAAACAUGCAUUCUGUCAAUUACAUACAUCAGGGUUGUCAACCAAGUUGUUGGUUGAAAACGUGUCUGACUUGUAGAAAGCGGGAAAAGUCCUGCUUUGGGAGCCGAUAUUUCUCAACCAUCUGCUCAAAUGACAUUAGAAUCUUGUCAGCAUAUACAUAAUUUAGUCUGCCUAUGCCUUUAUUAAUCCAAAGGUUAAAGCCAACAUCCACCAAUUUUGGUACAAAAUCUAUGCUUAUAUAUAUAUUUAUUUUUAUUUAUUUAUUUUUUGUUAAAGAGAGUACUUUAACAUUUUUUUUAUGGGAUUAUGGCUCCCUCUAAUGUUCCACUUACAUAAACAGUCUGUUAUCUGUCAUUGCACCAAUUAAUAUAGUCCAAAUGAGAUGCAGUGCCUUAGGCCGCUGCACCACUCGGGAGCCCUACAGCCCUACAGGGGUGAUGGUUUUGGUCGA